AUGGAGGCGGACGUACUGAACGCGCUCAACACGCAGACGGCGUACAUGCCGGGUGGACGGGAUCGCGAUGGACAUCCGCUGAUCGUCAUACCGGUACCGUUCUACGACAAUCUGCCCUGGAUGAAGGGGUUCCUCGAGACGACGGUCAAGUAUCUGCUGACCAGCUUAAGUCCCGAAACGGUCAGCAGUGGCGUGGCGAUUAUUCUUGACGCGCAAAAGUGUUCGUGGCGCUCCACCCGCCAGUACAUACGGCACGUCCAGCAGCUGUUAAGUGAGCAGAUGAACAGUUUUCUCGUCAUACGGCCGGACGCAUUCUGGGACAAAAACCGGGUGGAAAACUGUGCCCGACAGCAUCGCAAGGGUGAGCCCACCAUCAUCUCAAAGUCCCGUUUGGUGAAGUAUUUCGACACGAGUGAGCUACCGGAGGAGCUUGGCGGCAUCAUCGCGUACAACCACGAACAGUGGAUAGAGUCCCGUGAGCGUAUCGAAGAAUUUCGAAAAUCCUACGACAAAGCCAUGGGCGACCUAGAAAACCUGCACCUCAUCCUGCUAGACAACCGAACCGUACGGGCAAGCGAAUCGACGACGGCCCUCAAAUCUUGCCAGCAGCUUAACGUGGAUGUGCAAAAAUUUCUCUCCCUUGUGAUGGACGGCGGCAAAAAGCUGCUGGCCCACUUAAGCGACCUCCAUGGUGCGAAGUCAGCCGUACCACAGGACCUCACCGACGGGAAGGCGCAGGUCGAGCGGUUGCUGAAUACACUUGAUCGCAAACAGACGGCCACCAACCAAGCGUGGACGGAGCUGGAACGGACGGUGGAAGUGUUGCAGGAGUUGGCCACACUGGAGGAAGGUGUCUCGCACGUGACUAGCUGGAUUCUUACGACGGCUGAAUCGAUGUUGAACGCCCAGCUACGCGUUGGUCACGACGUUAGCACGGCCGAUCAGCUCCGACUGGAGCAUGAGAUCUUGGAGUUGCAGUGCUGGCAGACGUACGGCUGUUAUGCGGAGUUGUUGCACAAGAUCGACCACUUUCCGCGGCGCAAGGAUACACCGGCUUAUCGGGAUCUACAGUCGCAGCGCGAGUGGAUGGACUUUGUGUGUCGUAGCUUUGCUCAGCGGUUGGAACGACGCAGGAAUGUGCUGAUAACGUCGGUACGAUUCUUCCGCCUGGUGGCUGAGUACUUCGAUCGUACGAGUGAGGUCUUUCAAUCACUAAUCAUGGGUGAACGAGUCGAGGACUACGCUCUGGCUAGUACUAAUCUGCAGAAACUUAACGAAAAUCAACGAAUGCUUGAAAUGUUGGAGAAGGAGAUCAUCAAAGAGGGUGAAAAGCUAAGUGAUGUACUACUGAUGCCGGUGAAGGAUGCGGUCGGACGAGACAUUGAUGUGGACUACAGUGAGGAUAUCAGUAAUGUGAGAGAUAUCCUCGACGCGACCCGUUCCCGAUCACGUAUUUUCGCCGACAGUGUCGAACUGCAGAAGCUAACGCUCGACCAGAUCACGCACAUCUUCAAGUACGAACAGGACGCACGUACCGCCGUCAAGUGGAUGGGUGAUCUGCACCAGGUGAUGUUACGAUCGCACGCACACGUGGGGGCGAGUGUGCGCGAAAUUCAAGCCCAAAAAGAUGAACAUCAAACGCUGCAGGAGACGGCCAAGGGCACGUACAACUAUGGCUGUCAGCUGCUGAACGCCUCACUCGCGCUGCGCCAAUCGUGCAAGCUCGAAACGUCGCAAAACAUCGCCAUGACCAAAUCGCUGCAAUGCACCUGGCGAUCGUUCCAGGCCGUUGCACAGGAACAGAUGACGCGACUGCGCGUAUCGGCCGUCUUUCACCGGAGCGUCGAGGAACAGUGCGUGAAGUUGCGUGAACUGCACGAAUGCGUACUGCGAAUCGGCGAAAUCACCGAACAGGGCCGGCGCCGGGUACGGCUGCGCAAGUAUCUGGCAACACGCGAGCGUCUGUUGCUAGAGGUGGGUCGGAUGGUGCGGCUCGGACGUCUGCUCAAGACGCGACUGAGGGAGCCAUUUCUCCUGGACGACCGGCUCGAUGCGAUGGCCAGCCCGGAGAACAUCAUUACUGAAAGUGAUAACAUAAUGGCGUGCGAAGCGAUCUCGAAUCGUCUGGCGGAGGUGGCCCAGGUGGCGGAAGCGCUGGACAGUGUGCUAAGCGAUGUGCAGGGUGGUUUCGACGACGAGGUAGAAGAACUGACUAAUGCCGAAGCGCCGGAAGUGACCGGCAAACGGAACGACGGUGGCAAUCAAAGUGAUGAUUGGAGCUCGAGCGUAAAGUCAACCGAUGAUGGAUCGUUUGUGACGGCGUCGGACUGUAUCUGUACACCACAGUCAAGGUCGUCGUCCUACCAUACCGCUUCGGAAUGUCGCGCCUCACCGUGGUGGGGUGUAGAGUCGAUCGAGCGUCAAAGCUCGCUGGAGAACGAUUCGGCCGAAGAUCCUGAUCCGGAAGCAUUCCCGUCGAUCAAGCUGCUAUCGGGUGUGGUGAUAACUUCGAGUGCGAACCUAUCGUUCGACGAGUCGGAGCACAGUUUUCCGACCGCUGGUAUCUCACACGGUUCGGCCAGUGUUGACUCACAUCCAGACUCGGACGAUACAGUACCCACGGUGUGUUCACAGACCAGUCCGAUAGUGACCAGUUCGGCCUCCAGUUCCGCUCUGAACUCGAUCAACCGACGGGAAAAUCUCGCUCUUUCACUUACGCCGGAGGAACUGGAGCAGAUUGAAAACGAUAUCCGCAACAACAACCUGUUGACGUCGGUUAGCACUGUAGAUAUUGUGGGGAAGGAGCUCCAGAGCACCCAGGUGACACCAACUAGUGAAGAUAGCGGUAACGUGAGUACCAGUAGCGUUAAGCUGGAUGUAGAGGAUGCCACGCGUUUCGAGCCGGUAAAGGGCCCUACGGACAUUUCCGGGUUAACGUACUACUAUCAGAACAUCAUCACCAAGCACACGGUGAAGAGUUGUCUCUGAAGAAGGAAA